AGUAAUGGCCACUCAAUUGCUUUGCUCUCACUAAAAGACGAACACUACCCUCCUUCUCACUGCUUCUACUCACUUUAUUACUAUUCCAAUAAAAAAUCUCUCAUACAAUCUAAAGAUAUUCUUUGGAGUCCUUCUUGUAUUUUUCCUUCAGAGGAAGAGAACCGCCGCUUUCUAAUUCCUUUUCUCCUCAUCUUCUUUAACAAAUUCAUCCUCUUCAGAAUUGGAUACUUCAUUGGACUAAAGAUUUUGAGGAGUUCCUCUUCAAUUUAAGAUGGUGAAUUUGGGGUUGUUUACUGGGAACAAGCCUUUGAAGUCAAGGAAGGUGAGCUUCAGAAUCCCAUAUUAUACUCAGUGGGGGCAGCAUCUUCUGAUAUGCGGUUCAGAUGCGUUGCUUGGUUCAUGGAAUGUGAAAAAGGGUCUAUUAUUGAAGCCUUCUCACCAAGGGGAAGAGCUGAUAUGGUCUGGAAGCAUUCCAGUUCCUCCUGGAUUCCAAAGCGAGUACAGUUACUAUGUGGUGGAUGAUACAAGAAAUAUCCUGCGAUGGGAGGUUGGAAAGAAAAGGAAACUGUUGCUGCCUGAUGGGCUUCAGGAUGGGCAGUUGUUAGAACUUCAUGAUCUUUGGCAGACUGGUUCUGACAAUAUCCCUUUUAGCAGUGCAUUUAAGGAUGUCAUUUUUGGGAGAAGUUGGAGUUUGGGUGUUGAAAGGCCCCUGGGGAUAACUCAGAAUAAGUCUGACCAGGAUGGUUCAGUUCUGCAAUUCAGAAUCUGCUGCCCCUAUUUAGAGGAAGGAACAUCUAUUUAUGUGAUUGGUAGCUCCUUAAAACUUGGGCAAUGGAAGAUUCAGGAUGGCCUUAAGCUCGCGUAUGCUGGUGAUUCAUUUUGGCAGGCAGAUUGCAUUAUGGGAAAAGAUGACUUUCCUUUAAAAUACAAAUAUUGUAAAUACGGUAAGGCUGGAACCUCUGUGGAAUGUGGUGCAAGUCGAGAGCUUUCUGUUGAUGUUGCAACAGGUGAAUCUAGAUUUGUACUUCUUUCAGAUGGCUUAAUGCGGGAAAUGCCUUGGAGGGGUGCGGGUGUCGCAAUACCCAUGUUUUCUGUACGAUCAGAGGCUGAUCUUGGAGUUGGGGAGUUUCUUGACCUGAAGUUACUUGUAGAUUGGGCCGUUGAAUCUGGCUUUCAUUUGGUUCAGCUUUUGCCCAUCAAUGAUACAUCAGUCAACUGUAUGUGGUGGGAUUCUUAUCCAUAUAGUGUAGUCCAAGCUUUGCGGACACCUCUACUAUGCUAUAUGUUGAAAGUACAACAUUUAAAGAUCCAUGGUUAUGAUCCAUCUUUCGCUUCAAGAGUUUGAAGGAAAUUGUCUUUUGGGGAGAAACUUUAUGUUGUUUGAGUGUGGGUCUUAGUAUAGUUCGAUGUAUACUUACCUCUUCUCAAAAAAAAAAAAGAAAUUUUUAGUUCGAUGUACAUGGAUGGUUUUCCCUUAGUGCUUCUUCUGUAAAAUUAUUUGCUUAUCAGAACAAAAUAUUGUAGGAGAGAA